UAAACUUAACAUUCUUUAAGAAGUGAUAAAUGGGAAGAAGCACUUAACACUUUGGUGGCGGCUGUUGGGGAAAGCUUCGAAGGUUUGAGCAGUCUUAGCAGUGAGUGGAGGAGAGACAUGGCAUUUGUUACGUUGUCAAAUGCAAAGAAACCUGUGAAAUACUUUGUGGUAGAUGCAUUUGCCGAGUCAGCAUUCAAGGGAAACCCUGCAGCUGUGUGUUUGUUGGAAGAUGAAAGAGAGGAGAAGUGGCUGCAAGCAUUAGCAGCAGAAUUCAAUAUCUCUGAGACUUGUUUCAUAACUCCCAUUACUCCAAUUUCAGACUCUUCUGUCCCCACUUUUCGCCUCAGAUGGUUUACGCCCGUUGCUGAGGUUAAACUCUGUGGUCAUGCUACAUUAGCUACUGCGCACGUACUAUUUUCAUCUGGUUCGGUGGAUAGUGAUGUUAUUGAAUUUGAGACGCUAUCUGGAGUACUGGUAGCUAAAAAGAUCCCAGCAAUUCAUACUUCCAGUGCUUCAAACUUGCAGAAAGAUCUCACAGAUUUCUAUAUUGAAUUGGAUUUUCCUGUUGAUCCGGUUAAAGAGUUCAACUAUGAUGAGAGUGCUUCACUAAUUUCUGAGGCAUUAGACGGUGCUUCCAUAGUUGAUGUGAAAAGGACAACAAUUGGAGAUUGCUUGCUCGUUAUACUCUCAUCUGGGAAAGCUGUCUCAGAACUACAGCCACAACUUGAUACAAUAGUUAAAUGCCCUGCAACAGGGGUAAUUGUUUCGGGGGUGGCUCCUUCAGAUUCAGAAUUUGAUUUCAUGAGUAGAUUCUUCUGUCCAAAACUUGGAAUCAGUGAGGACCCUGUUUGUGGGAGUGCACAUUGUUCAUUGACACCCUACUGGAGCAAGAAGCUGGGGAAGACCAACUUCAAGGCUUAUCAGGCAUCAGCCAGAGGAGGGGUUCUGAAUAUCCAGUUUGAUGAAGGCGCACAGAGAGUGUUUCUGCGUGGAAAGGCUGUUACAGUGAUGGAAGGACAUGUUGUAGUGUAGCCUUGUUCUUGGCUUUGCAUAAUUUGUAACACUACUUCAAUCUCAUCAAAUAAACAUCUUAUCAGUUAAUAAAACAAGUAUUCUGAAAUCAAA